GUAACCUGCCCAAGAGCAUCUCUGUGGUAAGCAUGAGGAGACUGCACUCACAAGCAGCCUGCUUCCAGGCCUCCCUCUGAGUGGCUGGAGCACACAUCCUAUUGUGCACAGCACAACAAUAAAUGUGCAUUGCAGUGGCUCCAUGUAAACCACCCUUUACCUCGGCAUGCAGCAAAUUACCAUUUACAUUACAAAUAAGAUUAAAGGAGUCAACUUAUCUACAUUUGAUUUUUUUUUUUUUAACUAAGGCCAUUUUGAGACCCAUAGCACUGUGGUCAGGCAGUACUAAGUCCUCUAAUAGGGGUGUUUUAAGUCAAAAGCAUUGGGCUUGUGAGCUGCCUAACCCAAGGGCACUGGCUGCUUUUGAGGUGUGGUUCCAGCACUCACAAGGGAGUUUAUAGCCACUUGUUGCCCCAGGUCCAAAGGGUCUGACGCCCCUCCUCUGGGGGAGGGUCCCUGCACCACACACAAGCACAUACAUAAAUAAAAUAACAAACCAAGAAUGCUGGAGGGAACUAAUUCCUCUGUAACUGUCUCAUCUUUGCAAUUACAUAGGAUGUUUUUCCUUUUAACUGUUUUUUUCUUUUUUCAUUAGUGCAUGAUAAUUGAACAAAAGAAAAAUUAAAAUCAUAGUGACAUUUCUAUAUAUCUAUUCAAUGUACUUUGACCACAUUCACUCUUUCUUCCCCAAGUAUUUAUGAAAUAGCUUACGUUUUUGUGCUUUUUUUAUACUUGGUGGUUUUAAUCAGCACAUCUUUCCAGAAAAAAAAAAAAAAAAAAAAAAAACCCGCUGUGUGGAAAGAAGUUUUCCACCUAGGACUGAGAACUUUCUAGGUCUCUCUCUCUCUCUCUCUCUCUCUCUCUCUCUCUCUCUCUCUCCCUCCCUCCCUCCCUCCCUCUCCCUCUUCCUCUUCCUCUUCCUCUCCCCUCUGUUGUUUCCUCAGAAAGCUCACUUCCUUUCUGGAAUUAAUAUUGUUUCCAACACGUUAAGAAACAAUCUCUGUCUCUCUCUCUCUCUCUCUAUCUAUCUCUCUCUCUCUCUGUCUCUCUGUCUCUGUCUCUCUCUCUGUCUCUCUCUCUCUGUCUCUCUCUGUCUCUCUCUCUCUCCUUCUCUCUUCCCCCUCCCUCUGUCCUUUCCUCUCUCCUUCCUUUCCUCCCUCCCUUCCCUCUCCCCCUCCCUUCUGCUUCCUCGGUAGAAGCCGGGAAGCACAGGACUGACCAGAAGAAACAGAAAGAACCGCAUCACUUUGACUGACUUUAUCUUCUAUCCGUAGAUAAUCACACCAGAGUUGCACUUUUGUCUUUAAUUCCGUUUCUGGACACCUCUUUUCCAUUCAGCCAACUGGGUGAGACAAAGCCCGUCGGUGCCCUGAGCCGCAGAACUCUGGUCGGGGGCUGGCUGGCUGUAAAUUGACGUGGCAUGGAAAUUCUCCACUAAGUUGCAGCAGCUCACGAGCUCCUCAAAGAUCGAGCCCAGCCUCCGGGAGCUGGAGCUAAGGCUCAGUAACAGUAACGUUAAAGAAGAAUGGAUAAAAGUCCCCAGCUCCUCGCCUUGGACCCGCCGCUUUCUUUCUGGCUAUCUGUCAUUUCGCUGAAAACCAAAUCAAAGCAGUUAGUCUGUAACUUUGUUUUCGCAGCUUAAACAACAAAAUUGACCGCGCUUGCUCCUCCGGCUCUCCCCUGCAAUCUUAACUCCUUGCAGACUUUGCCAUGGGGUGCGGACUUAGGAAGCUGGAAGACCCUGAUGAAAGCAGCCCUGGAAAAAUAUUUUCUACCCUGAAGAGACCGCAAGUGGAAACAAAGACAGAAUUUGCUUAUGAAUACGCCCUGCUGGACUUUACUUUACAAGCUUCAACAAAUCCAGACGUCAUCAAGAUAAAUUCAGUCCUGGAUAUAGUUGCCAAAGUGGAAGACUAUUAUCUUAAGGGCUAUGUUGUUGGGGCCAUUCACCCAGUUAUACAACCUGUGGGGCAGCGGAAGCACCUUCCAGCAAGUCACCUGUACAGGGCGGUGCUGUCCCGGCUGAAGCUAAGCCCCAAGCAUUCUGCAGCAGGCGGACAAAGGCGCGCAAGGCUUGUGAUGGAGGAGUGUCCACUAACUUGUGAGGCACAAGCAAACGACGCUGCAAAGGAACUCAUGGACAAGAUUAAUGCCGCUGCUAAAAGAGGGAUGAAGUUUGUUGGGCUGGUCUCCCAGUGCUACUUGCCAUCUAUGCACUGUAAUGGAGCCAGCCACGAUGGAGUUGCAGAGUCGGGGCUACACGUGAGACAAGAUUCACAAGACAACUGCAAAGGCUGGAAUGAAGGAGCCCUUGGUGGACACUUGUCUGAAAGUGGAGUGGAGGAGGAACCUCAGCAUGAAAGUGGACAGCAUCAGACAGAGAGGAACAGCAGCCCCAGCUACGCUAACCCAAAGCGGGGAGAAGCCCCAGAUGGUAAGCUGUACAUGGUCUUCAAUGCUUUUGAGGAAGAUGCGGCCAGCUGGGCCUAUCAGGAAGGUGUCCUGUCCAUGAAAGUGACGCGGAAGGGAGCUGUCAUCAGCGCUCUGGACGCCAACUGGCUAGAACUAACGACAUUUUACUAUAAGCAAGGCUUCUCUUUAAUUGACUCUUUUGUGUGCUGGGAGACACCUAAAGGGCUCCCCUUUGAUUGUGUGUGGAUUCUCUUCCUUUCAAGAUACUUAAAGAAGUACAGACGGUUGAUAAAGUCAAAAGGGGACCAGUUACCUAAAUCUUUGGAAGGCUUUUUUAUCUACGAAGAAGAAGGAUCUGGAGUCCCAGGUUCUAACAGGAGAGGAAACGACGCCAUUGUGGUGGAGCAGUGGACAGUCAUUGAGGGCUGUGAAAUUAAAACAGAUUACGGCCCCCUGCUGCACACCCUGGCUGAGUUUGGAUGGCUUCUGACAAGCGUGUUGCCUACCCCGAUAUUGAGACAUGACAGUGAAGGGAAUUUGGCUACCAAGCAAGUCGUAUUUCUCCAAAGGCCGGUUACGUGGAACUCAGCUGCUCAAACCCCAGAAAGGAAAGGCAGCCGGCUGCUGAAGGGUGAAGACAGAAACAAGGUCAGCAGCAGGAGCCUAGGCCUGGACACAAAUGCAUCCCAAGCCGCAGGAGGCCGAGCCCCUCUUGAGGAGGGCUCCCUCUCUCCGUCCAGGGAGUGCUGGACCAAGGAAGAGCGGCCCGCACAGAGCGACAGCUUCUCUGGGUUCAGUAGCAGUGACAGUGUCCUCCGGGAACUCGAUGACGGACAGUUUGACCAGGAAGAGGGCGUGACACAGGUCACUUGCAUGUGAGUUGCCAGGUGACCCCAUCAGAGGCCUUGUAAAUAGUAAUUAAAUGACUGCCAUCUGACUUUAUUUUGCUACUACUAUCUUCAUUUAUGUAAUGUUUUUAAUUUCCAGGCUCAGCCUUCCCCUAAUCUAUGUAAACUUUGGCUUAACCUCUGAGACAAGGAAGAAUAACCAGCUAUUUAUCAGUUUAAAAGCAUUCUUACAUUUCACUCAACUAAUACAUCUGUAUAAACAGAUGUCUCCUCUGGUCAUUAAGCAACAACCUGGCUCACUUCCCCACAAAGGGACAAAUAUCAGUAUUUCUCAUCAGGCCUAUUGAAAAGGCCGACUGUCCAAAUCAUUUCAACCAAUUAGCGCCUUCUCAGGAAGCUACAGCCUCGAUUAAACUGAGUAAUAUUCUUUCCUCCCUAUCUCUGUCCCUCUCUCCCAUGGACACAGACUCAUGAAAAUAUCCAUUCCCUGCCUAUAGCAGUUAAUCUAAUUUUUGUCUCUUACUGUUGUAUGUCCAUACAAAGCAAGCCCCAUUUGUCAAAAGUCUUUAAAAAAAAUUUUUUUUUUCUUUCCUAUGUCUUUUCUUUCAAUAGGCCACCAGGUGGCCAGUCCUUCAGUAAACCAUUAACUUUGGCAUGAUUGGUCCCGAUGGCCUGCCUACCAGUGGCGUUAAACAGACUCUCUUACGUCAGUUAAGGCUGACAGGUAAAGGCGCUCGCCACAGGAGCCUUGUGACCUGAGUCCAGUCUCUGGAACCCAUAGAAAUGUAGAGGGAACCAGUUCUACAAAGUUGUGCUCUGACCGCCACAAGCAAGUACUUGUUCCUCUAUGCCCUUGUGCACAUGUGUACCCUCGCAGUAAAACUAAUAUUUUUUAAAGUCCCUGAAGAGGGGUCACUAUGGAGGGCACUGCAUGGCUGUGCAUAACCACCUGCCCCACUCCAAUCUAGGAAGAAUUCAACUGGCUGAACCUUCAUACCCUGACUGAGAACGAGUGUCCAAUAAAAGGUGACUGACUGGUUCAUGAGAAAAAAAAAAGUCAUUAAAAGGAGAGCCCACAAUCUCAAUGUAUAAAAGCCAUGGUCUAUGAAAACAUUUCAUCUAUGCCAAGCAAGCUGGCACACCUCUAAGUAUUUGGCAGGCAGAUGUAGGUAGAUCUCUGUGAGUUCUAGGUCAGCCAGGGCUACACAGUGAGACCAUGUCUCAAACAACAACCAACAAAAUCUAACUUUCUUUUAAAUUUUUAAACACCAUUGAAGAGAACAAAUAUCGAUCUCAAAUGGAAGUGUGCUGGCUACCACUGUUAGGUUCAAAUCCUGUUAGACAUGUUAAGCCUGGAAAAAUGGUACAGCCCAGACGUCCCAGUCCUGCAGAAGUGGAGGGGGCUCACAGCCCAUGUGAUGUCUAUAACACUGGCCCACUCCACAUACCUCCUGCUGCCAGGAGCCUUCCAUCUUGCCAGCUUCUACCCGGGAAAGACUCGUCUUGUACAGAACAGGGGCCUUCAUUUAGGUAUGAAAGACUGACCUCCAAAAGAACUACAGUAGACUGCCAUUAAGUAAUUCACAUAUUUCAUAUAUUUUAUUGGCUUGUCGUUGACAUUGUGAGUCAUUUGAAUAAUAAACUCUUAUUUGUUGUUAGGCUACUGUCUGACUGAACACAAA